UUAGCGCAUGCGCCCGCCGCCAUCUUCCUCUCGCAGCCAGGCGCGCAGCAGGCAGCAUGGGGCACCAGCAGCUCUACUGGAGCCACCCCAGGAAAUUCGGCCAGGGCUCCCGCUCCUGCCGCGUCUGCUCCAACCGCCACGGCCUCAUUCGCAAGUACGGUCUGAAUAUGUGCCGGCAGUGCUUCCGCCAGUACGCGAAGGACAUCGGUUUUAUCAAGCUGGACUGAGCGCCGGGAGGAUGAGGCUGUUGCCAGAAGCUCCCGGGGCUUCCCUCGGCCUCCCUGACACAUCUGCGGCAUCUCGGCGCAGCCCUACUGAAUAAAUAGUCUCUCUGCCCG